AUGCAUAUGUUUCUCUCCGUGGCGCCUUCCGUGCAUCGUCUUCCGCCCGAGCUCCUGCGUUACAUCUUCCGACUGGUCGGUGGACCGGAAUCGGCCCUGGAUGAACACGGCAGCAAACCACCCCUCGCGUAUCUAUCUCACGUCUGCGGAAGGUGGAGGGAGGUUGCAUUGGAUAUGCAAGAGAUGUGGUCGUACUGGCCGCAGUACAAUAGGAUGAACGACAACUGGACCCAGCUGUGCUGCUCGCGGGCGAAGACCGUGCCACUCGUCCUGCUCUGGCAGAUUGGCUACGGACAGGACGCGGAUGGAACUGGCUCUACAUACCUUCCACACAUCAGACACACCCUCUCUCACGUAUCUCGCGCCAGGGACUUUGCGAUACGACAUCACCCCGACCCCGACCCCGCCUCCACGGCAUUCUGGCGAGACGAAGCUUUACCUGCGAUAUCGAUACCGUGCCCGCUCCUGGAGAAAUUCUGGUACGGAUCAAACCCUGAGUUAUCCGACGAUGAUUUGCGCUGCUUGAAGCCCACUCUAUUCGGUGGACGAUGUCCUCCACGGCUCUACGACGCGCAUCUGUCGUCCUGCGAGGCCCUCCUAUCUACCCCCAUAUAUUCGGCGAACCUCCUACAUCUCUCACUCUGGAACACGCGCGCAUGGAUAGACGUGGACGGCAUGGUCGAAGUGUUUCGAUCCAUCCCGAACCUCGAGAGUUUCACCUACUCUCUCUCCAACGCCUACCGCGGGGACUUCACGUUCGACUGCAGACCUUCGGGACGCCACCAUCUCCGCUCCGUACCGAUGAACCGCAUAAAGUCAUUUCGGAUAACGGAAUCCUGCUUCGUUCCCGGGAUCACCAUCUUCAGCUACCUCGCACUGCCGCCCAAUGCCUACAUAUCCUUAAAAUGGGACGCAGACGAACGCGCUCAGGGCAUGGAGCCGCACGAGUUGGAAGACGCCGUCGAACAUAUGCGCAUAGGCCUCAAGGCCCUCAACCAACACUUUAUGUCUGCCAACCGUGACGGGCAGUCACCUCUCGACGCAGUCGAGAUCGCAGGUACCAAUGUGCGGCCGCUGUAUCAUGGAUCGAAGGAUCGAGAUACCGACGAGUCAGUCUCUGGCGUCAGUCUAUACGCGCCCCUCAUAGAUACGCAGCAGAUGCUCUUGCGCCCCGAACCGUGUCUAAUGACGGCACUACACCCCAUAUUCACUGGAGCGAGCUAUCUCCGCCUCACUAUCGGCAACGCCGGCGACACCACGAGGUGGUAUGCCCUCUGGUGCAACCUUCACUGUUACUCGAAAGUCAUCGACUUGCAUCUGUGCGGCAAGAGCGUGGAGCGCUUCGUCGAGUUCUUGAUGAUUCGUAUGCUUCCUGGAUUCUGGGAGAACACGCCGCGGCUCUUCCCGCUCUUGGAGAGCAUCACGAUCUCGGACUUCGACUUUACGGGCACGUGCAAUCGGAUGCGCCCUGAUGGCGACGAACGGCCGCUCGUGCAGGCGCUUGGGGAUGCGGUGAAAAGCGUAUACGGUGAUCAGGAGAGCUUCGAUGCCAUUGUCGUCGGGGCGACGUGUGUAGGGCACGAAGAUGCGGUGAAGCAGUUCAAGCUUUGCUUGGGGGAGGAUCGGGUGGAACUCGACGAUACAGCAUAG